GGGCAUACAGUACCUGGUGGACUGUGGGCUGCUGGACUGGAGACCUGAACCUGUGGCUGAGUUUCUCUAUAAAGAAGAAGGACUCAACAAAACAGCCAUCGGAAACUUCUUAGGAGAGAGAGGAAAUGCAUCUGGCUGUGCUCAGGGCUUUUGUGACGCUGCACGAGUUCUCCGACUUGAAUCUAGUGCAAGCUUUGAGGCAGUUUCUGUGGAGUUUCCGUCUCCCUGGAGAAGCUCAGAAGAUCGACCGGAUGAUGGAGGCCUUCGCGACCCGGUACUGCCUCUGUAACCCAGGAGUCUUCCAGUCCACCGAUACGUGUUACAUCCUGUCCUUCUCCAUCAUCAUGCUCAACACCAGCCUCCACAACCCCAGCGUCCGAGACAAGCCCAGUCUGCAGUACUUCAUCUCCAUGAACAGAGGCAUCAACCACGGGGAGGAUCUGCCCAGCGCCCUGCUCUCGAAAUUGUACGCGAGCAUCCGCAGUGAGCCGUUCAAAAUCCCAGAGGAUGAUGGGAAUGACCUCACGUUGACCUUUUUUAACCCCGACAGAGAAGGCUGGCUGCUCAAGAUCGGAGGAAGAGUAAAAACGUGGAAGCGCCGAUGGUUUAUUCUGACAGACAGCUGCUUGUACUACUUCAAAUACACAACAGACAAAGACCCGAUUGGCAUCAUCCCAUUGGAAAACCUGUGCGUGCGAGAACUGAAGGACUCCAGCAAACCGUUCUGUCUGGAGUUGUUCAGCCUUAAAGCUCAGAAGGUGAAGGCGUGUAAGACGGAGCACAGGGGCCGUGUGGUGCAGGGCAAACACCAGUCCUACAAACUCAGUGCGUCGAGCGAAGAGGAGCGAGAGGCCUGGGUCACCGCCAUCAGGGCCAGCAUCACCAAGGACCCAUUUUACGAUAUGGUCUCUAUUCGAAAAAGGAAAGUCACCAGUCAUACGCCAUCUUGAGGAGAGCAGGGGAACUACCAUGUAUGGAGUGUAUAUCUGACUCUUGACAGUUCCUCACUUGCAUAUUUAAAUGACAAGCUAAAUGAGUUCAAACCUCCAGGAUGGAGGUAAUGACGGGGUGUUCACUGUCCCCUCCUGACGGGGUGUUCACUGUCCCCUCCUGAUGGGGUGUUCACUGUCCCCUCCUGCAGCUGUGUUCAACCUGACACUGGAAUAACAUCAUCUAUUUUUGUUUAUUCAAAUCACAAGAGCUAAUAUUGUCACGACGCUGAGCAGGUCUAACCCAGGAUUAAAGAUUGUAUAAACUAUAUCACUAAACCAGGGCUAAACCAGGUCUAAUCCACGGCUAAACCAGGUCUAAUCCACGGCUAAACCAGGUCUAAUCCACGGCUAAACCAGGUCUAAUC